AUGUCCACAAUUUCUGAACUCUACAACAAGAAGUGUCUUUAUGUUGGAUGUAGUCAGAACAAUCUUGGCUAUAGUUUUGUAGUCAGAAGAACUGCUCAACGUCAUAACAAAAGGGCAAGACUAAAUGUCAUAAGAUGUGAAAGGGACAUGUUUAUCCAAAGAAAUAUGAUGGAGGUCAAUGAUAAAUCUAUCUUAACUCAUCAACUCAGGGCCCUGAAAGAAUUGUACACUCAGACAUACUCAUCUGUUUGGGAAGUAGCUUCAAUGUCUGACACUGAAGAUGUUUAUAUUACUAAUGACGCAAUCAGCAAUGGUGACAAUGAUGAUAGUGGAAGCAACAGCAAUGAAAUCAGUGAAGAGAAAAGCGAAGAAGAUAUUAUUGAGCUUGACAACAAUGAAUUGAAUGACCCUUUUGCCACCUCUGAUAUGCCCAAGAACCCAGUGCACAGGUUCAUUGCUACUUUUGUGUUUAUGUUUGCUUCCCAAUAUGUGGUUGACAAGGGCACUAUUGUCUUGAUCAAGUUCAUUAACAGACUCUUAACAAUUUACAAGCAGAAUUUCCAACUGCCCUUGAGCCUUCCUGGUCUUCAAUGCAUGACAGAUUUCUCAGUCAUAACCAAAAGCAUAAAGAAAUUUGUUGUGUGUCAGGAUUGUCACAAGGUGUACAAAGAAAAUGUAUCUGUUCUGUCCCAUUGCGAUUUUGUAAAGCUUGCUGAAGAUGGUAGAUACGAUGUGUGCAUAUACAAUGGUGCCAUGUGGAAGGAACUCAAAAACAAAGAUGGCAUGCAAUUUACAAAGGAGUCACCUGGUGUCAUAUACCUGAUAGUAAAUAAUCUGCCUUGCAAUGAAAGAUACAAACCAGAGAACAUGCUUCUUGUAGAACUGAUGCUUGGUCUGAAGGAACCCAAAGACAAAGAAAUAAAACAUUAUCUCCGGCUUAUGGUAGAUGAUCUGAUGAGAUUUUAUAAGGGACUGGAAAUCCCAACUUUCGAGUGUCCUGGUAGUGUCUACGUCUAA